AUGACUUUCGAAGCCGUCAUUAUGAAGCUCCGACGAGCAGUACUUUGCUGUUCAAAGCGGGAAAGGAGUAGUCCGUCUGAGACGGUGAGAUUAGAGGUUGUCAGUUUUCACACCCAAUAUUUGGACCAUCCUCCGACUAGCAGCCUGGCCGUCUCCCCGAUAUAUAUGAUCAUUUCUGACAAGUUCGAACAGGGUUCUCCAACCGACGUCCGGCGUGUUGACGUCAGCGCCACCCUCCCUGGGCUCAUGGAUGCCCAACGUAGAUACGUCCGCGAAAAGGCAUCCAGUGACGCUGUCCAUCUGCUCGGCCUACAAUCCGAGCCGCCAUCCCAUCCAGCUACUUCACCGCCAUCUCCAACACAAUCAAAUACGCGAUCUAUUGCCCUAGCUUCAAACCUUUCUUCACGUGAGCCAUCUGUAGCACUCCUCAAUGCUGCCUCCAAAGACCUCCCAAGUGUUUUGCCCACUCCACCAAAGCGAACACACAACGAGAAUUCGCCACCCGCUUCCCGAAUGAAGACCAUGUGGAAAGAUUCAAACAGACCAAGCAACAGCUCUACCUGUCAUGAAGGUCUUUACGAGAAGCUUGAGCAGAUCAAGGGUGCCGAUGUGGAAGAGAAGGGUCUGACGGAAUCAUUUGUAACACUGAACUUAGACUUCGAAUUUGCGGACGAGAAGUCCGUACAUGCAUCUUCGGUACAUGCUUCUGAGUCGACAAGCACACUAUCGCUUACGGGGGGGUUCGAGAUGCAGGACACAAAGGGGGGCAGAUGCCAACCUAUUGCGAAGAAUCUUGUUGUCAAAAAUGCGAUUGACGCUACGAACUUGGGGGACAGCAGCGAUGAGAACGAUUUCGAGGAAGACAGCUUGAUCGCUGCUGAGCAUGUUCAACUUGUCAAGAUCUGA